GCAGGGCGGGCCUUGUCCACAGGGUAGGCCAGUGGGCGGGCCCAGGCAGUUUCACUUCCCGCGGGACCAGAAGAGAGUGCGCCUGGCCCAAGUCCUUGCUGCCGGCUCAUCAUGGCCCCUGGUCCCAUGCAGACCCUCAUCUUCUUGGACCUGGAAGCCACUGGCCUGCCCUUCUCCCAGCCCAAGGUUACAGAGCUGUGCCUGCUGGCUGUUCACAGACAUGCCCUGGAGAGCACCUCUACCUCUGGAGGGCAUCCACCCACAGUACCCCCACCACCCCGUGUGGUGGACAAGCUCUCCCUUUGUGUGGCUCCGGGGAAGGCCUGUAGCCCUGCAGCCAGUGAGAUCACAGGUCUGAGCACAGCUGAGCUGGCAGCACAUGCACGUCAAUACUUCGAUGUCAACCUGGCUAACUUGCUCCUAGCCUUCCUUCAGCGCCAGCCACAGCCCUGGUGCCUUGUGGCACACAAUGGUGACCGCUAUGACUUCCCCCUGCUCCAAACAGAGCUGGCUAUGCUGGGCCUUGCCAGUGCUCUAGACAGUGCCUUCUGUGUGGAUAGCAUUGCUGCCCUGAAGGCCUUGGAACGAGCUAGCAGCCCCUCAGAGCAUGGCCCAAGGAAGAGCUACAGCCUGGGUAGCAUCUACACCCGUCUGUAUGGGCAGGCCCCAGUGGACUCUCACACAGCGGAGGGCGAUGUGCUAGCCCUGCUCAGCAUCUGUCAGUGGAGGCCACAGGCCCUGCUGCGGUGGGUGGAUGCUCAUGCCAGGCCCUUCAGCACUGUCAAGCCAAUGUAUGAGGUCACAGCCUCUGCUGGGACCAACCCAAGACCUGCUAUCGCAGCCACUAUACCCCUGGCCACAGCCAGGAGCACUACUCCCAGCCUUAGGCCCCAGAGACCCAAGACUCUUCCUCCAACGAAGGUCUCUGAGGUUCCAUCCCAGGAGGGGCUGCUGGCUCCACUAGGCUUGCUGGCCUUCCUGACCUUGGCAUUAGCCACACUGUAUGGACUAUCCCGGACCACACCUGCACAGUAGACCAAGAUGGAAAACCUGACUAAUAAAGACUCCCUCAGC